GGGCGGCGGCCAUGCUCCGGGCUCAUGGGCGGGGCUGCGGGCCAGGCAGAGGGUUGCGGUUUGAGACCCGGUGCCGGGUGGGCCCUGAGACAUGGCUCCAGGGCCCUGCCACGAAGUGCAGGGUCGAGGUCAGAUGUCCAGGAUGAGGCUGAGUUCAUGAGGAGCCUGGCAGGAGCCGGGGACCCUGGCCCAGGGCGGAGGUUUGAGGAGGGAGGAGGACUGACGUGGACUUCCUGGCCAGGGUUCCUGGGCAGCACCGGACAGUGGACUCUGACCUGGGAAUUGGCCAUCCCGCCCUCAGCCUCCCCCAGCCCCGUCAUGGUCACUGCCGCUGCCAUGCUGCCCCCCAGGACUGUACUCUUGACUCUGCUCUUGGCCGCAGUCUCCCUGGGCCAGAGGGCUCAGAGACCCCCUCGGCCCCUGUCUCCCAUCAGCACCAUUCAGCCCAAGGCCAACUUCGACGCUCAGCAGUUUGCAGGGACGUGGCUCCUCGUGGCUGUGGCCUCCUCGUGCCGCUUCCUGCAGGAGCAAGGCCACCGGGCUGAGGCAACCGCAUUGCACCUGGCUCCCCAGGGCACAGCCAUGAUUGCCAGCACCUUCCAAAAGCUGGAUGGGAUCUGCUGGCAGGUGCGGCAGCUCUACAGAGACAUGGGUGGCCCGGGCCGCUUCCAGCUCCAAGCCCGAGGUGCCCGUGGGGCGAUCGACGUGGUUGUUGGGGAGACGGACUACCGGAGCUUCGCCAUCCUGUACCUGGAGCGGGCACGGCGGCUGUCGGUGAAGCUGUACACCCGCUCGCUCCCUGUGACCGACACAGCCCUGAGUGUGUUUGAGCAGCGGGUCCAGGGGGCCAACCUGACCGAGGACCACAUCUUGUUCUUCCCUAAGUAUGGUUUCUGUGAGGCUGCAGACCAGUUCCACGUCUUGGAUGAAGUGAGCAGGUGAGGCGCCAGCCCAGCGCUGAGGAGGAGCGAAAACUCGCGAUAGGUGCUGGCUGCCCCGCACCGAGCUCUGCACCCUCCUCUCCCGCCUGCCCCCGAGCUGCCGCGCACCCCCAGGAGCCCCGCGCCCGCCUCUCCCGCCUGACCCCGAGCUGCUGCGCACCCCCAGGGGCACUGCCUUCAUUAAACACCCCCAGUCUCGG